UCCAUCAUGGCGGACGUGGACGGUCAGAGAUGCAUUAGCGCGUUAUUGAAUGGCAUCACGCAACGGUUUUAUUAUGGGAACUCGGACAUCACUGAGGACUUGCUAAAAAAUGAGCUUUAUGCAGAGAUGCCACAGGACGAGUUUCACGCUUUACACGAGAAGAUGAGAGCGCUUUUAAAGUCCAUUGCAUCUGCAGAUAUGGACCAGGCGCAGCUUGAAGCUUUUCUCACUGCACAGACUCGCAAGCAGGGUGGCGGUGGAGUGAGUCCGGAGCAGGCGGCCGCUCUGUCACGCUUCUGGAAGACCCACCGUGCGAGGGUACGAGAGAGCCUGCUGUCUCAGAGCCGCUGGGAGCCUGGCCUGAGGGCCCUCAAGUGGCGGGUGGACCUGCACACUUCCUCCAGCAGGGGGCAGCUGACGAACAGCCCUGUGGCCCUGGUGGAAUUAGAGCUGGGUCGCACUGGUGAGAACUCUGAGUUUAUGUGCUUGGAGUUGGAUGAGCAGAAGGUCAAUUCAGUCCUGAAGAAGAUGGCGGAACUACAAGAAAACAUCGACAGUAUUGUGCACCACAGCUAGAGCCUUGUGCGCAUGUUUGUGUGCGAGUAUGAGUGGGUGUCUUUGUGUGUUUAUGGUAGUAUAAGUGUGAAUGUAGGUUUCCUUUAUUUUCAAAUAUUAUAUUCAUAAUUAUGAAUAAUGAUCUUUCUUGUCAAAGAUUUGUCAUUGUGAAACUAACACACCAAUAACAACAUACAUUUUUAUUAUGUUUCAUUUUUUGAAGUUAGUUUUUUUUCUUCUCUAAUCAGACUUUAUGUUCCGGUUUUGGUAAUAAUAUUAAAGUAAUAAACCACACACACCAACAUGAAAAAGAAAUGCCUUUCCAAAGUCGUCUUGUUUAACAAACUUGUAUCUUAACAGCCACCGGCUUGUUACAAACAGUUUGACAUUCAUUUCUGUAAAAUAUGAAUAAAAUUAUGAAAUAAUUUACUAAACAAA